AUGUCAGCGAAGCUCGCGACCAAAGUAUGCUUUGUGACAGUCGGCGCAACUGCCUCUUUUGAAGAGCUUGUACGCGCUGCGCUGGAUCCCUCAUUUGUGACGGCCCUGGAGAAAAAUGGCUACUCGCAUUUACUGGUACAAUACGGCAAGAAUGCGGUGAUUUAUGAGAAUUUCCUCAAGCAGUACCCACCUGAGCGCAGGCCAUGGCGCAGAAUAGAUAUCGGUGGUUUCUCCUUCCACGAGCAUGGGCUGGGAGGAGAGUUUGCAUUGGCUCAGGCAGACAUAAGUAAAGGACGAAGUGGUGGGUUGGUUAUCAGUCACGCAGGUUCUGGCACCAUUCUCGAGGUGUUACGGAUGGGCAUUCCCCUCAUCGUUGUGCCCAAUCCUUCUCUUCAGGACAACCAUCAAGAGGAACUCGCCCGCCAGUUACAGAAACAAGGAUACGUGGUUGCUAGUCACUAUCAAAAUCUUUGCCAAGCACUGCAUCAGGCUGAACAACUGCGAGCUCGCAUGCUAAGGUGGCCGCCUGUUCGUGGCCCUGGCCAGAAAAAUCAGCCGACACUGGAGCAAGUAAUGUCUGAUGAGAUGGGAUUUGUGGAUUGA